AUGGGUGGGAAGGUGAAAAUAUUUGAAAAGUUUGAUCCCGAUACAGCUAACAUAAUUGACUUGAGAGACAUGGUUAAAGAAAUGGGGUAUAAUAAUUUUAAGUUGUGGUAUUUAGAGCCUUAUAGCAUAUUACAGUGGGUUGUGAAAUCAUUAGGAACUGAUAGAGAUGCAUUGAAGUUGGCUGAGUUGGCGAGUAAAUAUAGAGCAAUUGACAUUUAUGUUAAGCAUGAGGAGAUAGAUGAGAAUGAACUAACAAAUGAAGUAGUACAGUCACCAUUGGAUGAACCAAUUGAUUCAUUGCUAGACUUUCCAAUCGAUAAACAUGUGGAUGAUGAAACUGGAAGUGAAGGCCUUAAUUCUGAUAUGAAUGUUGAUGCAGAAGAAGAUGAUGAUGCUUGGUUACAUGAGAGCAUUGAGGAUAAAGAAGAUGAUGACAAUGAUUGGUUAUAUGAGAGUGAUGAUGAAGAAGAAGAUGAUGACAAUGCUUUAUAUAUGAAGGUUGAGGUCCAAAUGGGUAAUGGUGUUAAUACUUCUACUGGGAUUACAGAAGAUAAUGGUGCUGGUACUUUUGCUGGGAGUGUAGAAGGUAAUGAUGGAAGGAAAAAUGUUAGAAAUUAUGCUGGUACUUCUAUUGGGAGUGCAGUAGGUAAUGCUGGUAGGAAAAAUGCCACGAAUGAUGCUGGUACUUCUUCUAGGAAUGCCAUGAAUGGUUGUAAAGGGUAG